AUGACAAUAUAUGACAAGAAUAAUGUAAACAGAACGGAUUUGAAAUGUACGGGAUAUGCUAUUCAUAAUGUGUCUCUUUCCGGAUAUUAUCCUGUAUUCGGGACGGACGAUAAACGUAAUCAUCUGGAUGAUCGAGGAAAGGAAUUAAAGACUCUUCAGGAUUAUCUUGAUGGUCGCGCUCGUUACGUUACUGUUGCUGGUAAUUUAAAAUCUGGCAUUUCGUAUGGAACGAAUAUAUGCAUAGAAAAAUUGAAUGAACAAUUCGGUAGACAAAUUCUCCUGCAAAUAAGAGACCAGACUGAUUACGAAAACAAUGGUUCCCAAAUAGAUUUCUCGAGAUUGGAAAUUUGCGUCAGAACUGAGGAAGAUACUUAUGAUAAAUACCUUAACGACCUUGUUACUAUCCAUAUAUAA